UGGAUUUGAAUACGCUGGACUCUUGUGCCACGCACUAAUUCCAUUAUUAUUAUUCUUUAGCGAGUGGUAAGUAAACAAUCCAUCCGCCCGUCUAACGUUGUGCAAAACAUGGCUUUUCUGCCAAACAGGGCUUAUUCUUGGAGAAACAUGAUUUAAAAUUGGAACAAUUUGCGAGCAAAUCCUUCGCCAAAUGGAUGCACGACCUCCAAUCAUCUGAGGGUAAUAUAUGGGCCAUCUUUUUGAUGUAAAAUGUUUCCACACCAUCUCAGUCUCAGGAAGUGGGUGCUCUAAUUACACCCUUCAAGUCCCAUUUUGAACCGUUUCCAACUGCGGAAAAGCGGGCAAAACUUCGCUGCGCUAGCAGCUGGAUGAAACCAUGUUCUCCAGGCUGCAGGAGGACGAUACGGCAGCUGGAUGGAUGGCGCAAUGGGGCGAAAAUAUGGACGCAGGGCUGGCGGGUGGAAAUAAGCUCGAGGAAUUAGAAAAGCAAUUAUGGGAGAGCCGUCAUCGUCCCCCCCGCUGUUGCGCUUCUGAUUCGACGGUCAGAAGCGGCUGGUCUGCUAGGCUUCUCUAGCGUGCAUCCCUUAGGUUACAUGGGUUGGGCAAAAGAUGACCGCACGCAAAUUGGAUAGAUGGGCUUCUGGCGAACGAGAGCUGCCAAGUCACUUUUGCGCAGUCUUGGCCUAGGUUCGGAACGACUUAACUAAAAUCCCUGACUACCCGCUGAUUCCUUGUCCGACGCUAGCUCGGGCCACUUUACACCUCGAUCCUCCAAGCGACUACUACCGACUCGGGUUUUCCUGGAUCUGACAGAAGAGAGAGAUGCACGUUUACUACUUGCGUUCAUCUGUCUGGGACUGGGCAUUGAAGGAAGAGCCUCAGAUAAAAUAGUGCCACGGACGGAGGGAAAAUGAGAAUCGCCCUUCUCGAUUUCCCAUUUAUUUUACAAAAGAGGACGGUUAUUUUGUCUUCAACUGAUAUCACAAUAGUGUUUGCAAGGCAGGUUUGAAGUACGGAGUACGAGAGCAUGCACACUACUGCAACAUACCAGUAGUAGUCGCGUCGCUCUUUAGUCGCCGGAAAAGGGCGGAAUCGCCCUGCAUCUUGUGGGAGGCUAGAACAACUUGACGAGGCGCGACGGGAAAAUAGCUGUUGGCCCUUCAUAUGCGCAGCUUCCCAAUCCGCAGCUCGUCAGCCAACCCGGCCCUUUGAACAACAAGAUAUCAUAUGAGAAUGAAAGGUUUCACUCCCAUUCCUGGCGCCCGAAAGAGAUGCAGCAUUUAAUCUCCAGCCGAGGUGCACAUUGGUUUGCCUGAGCCACUGUUCUCUCGAUGCCUUUCUCUGAUCUCUCUCGGGUCGCUGCCGCGCAUGAAAAAGUGUCUCUCAAAUUUUCCUCGAGGCGUUCUUCGAGGUGUCUCUAUCUAAGGCGCACCAGCAAAUUAUAUUAUGGUCUUUGAUCCACCAAGCUGGGUAUUCAUUCAAAAUACUCAGCUUACAUUUACUAAAAUGAUAUUUUCCCCCUCACCGCAAUAAUGGAUAAAAAGCACUGUUUGAUAGCAUUAUUAGUUCGUGUGCUGCAUUCAGCUCUGCAAGCCAACGCACGGAAUCAUACCAAUGGCGGCAUUCGUGGAAUUGUCUCAAAUGCCCAGCGUGGAGAAUUUUCACAUGCAUAAUGGUCCAAUUGCUUUCUUCUCCUACUUGCAUAUAUAAACAACAUGCAUUUUAUCAGUUACGCAUUUCGAAUAUAUUUCCGCUCUCCCUCCAGCGGAGAGACGACGCAUUGCCGCUGCUGGUGAUCUUUGUGUUAGCGUGGCACGAUCAACCUCUUCACGUUGGGGAUGUCUGGAUAAUGAUUAUGAGAACAAAAAAUUCAGAUGCAACACUAUCUAUCAUACGGCCAAUUUUUUUGAUCCCCAUUUCACUCCCCCGCAUCCCAUUAUGUAGAAUAAGUGUCGCCUACCUGAGGCACAAGUUAUACAGUACGUAGACGUCAUGCGUUCUGCGGUGUAUAUUUCAAGGGCCCAUCUCAUCCCACAUCGUUUGGAUAGAUAUAGAUAUUUGUCACACCUGCUGUGCAAUUUUACAGAGUCCCUGUGUACUGGUGAUAUAUGG